AUGCAAACUCUUCUCGCCCUGGCGUUCGUUGCGCGCGGCGCUCCCACUUUGCGCUGCUCUUCCAUCAUACAACCGCACCUCGCCACCCCCCGCGCGACCGCCGCCAUGUGGGAGCGAAUUGUCCCCGAGGAGGACAAGCACGAUCAAAAGCGAAAGCCGGCGACUGCUGCCUCGACCGCGGUGCUGGAGGACCCCGACGACGAUGUAGUGGACGUCGACAUGCUGGCGGCCGAGAUGGAGCGCCGCCGAGCCGAGAUCGCGGACGCGGUCGAGGACGAGGACGAGGACGAGGAUGAGGAUAUUGGUGCGGCGCUCGCAGCGGCUGCCGAGGCGGACACAAGGGUGGUGCUGGCGGAGCAGGCGGUGGAGCGGGCGCUGGAGGAGCUGGCGAGUGCAAAGGCGGAGGCGGCGGCACUGCGGGCCGAGGCUGAGCGCGUCACCGACCGCGCAAUUGCGACGGCGGCGGCGCAUGCAGAGGCGGCUGCCGAGGCAGAGGCGGCCGCCGAGGCAGAGGCAGACGCGGCGGCGGCGGCGGCGGCGGCGGCGGCGGCGGCUUCGGUGCCUCCGGCUGGUCCGCCCACCGUCUCCAUCGGCGACGACCCGAACCCGGCCUUCUGGGCCAACUUCAACUCGCAGGCGCCCGAGGUGCAGGUGAACCGCGCCGUGCCGCAGAGCGCGAUGGGCCGCAGCCCGGGGGCGCAGACGGCGACGCCGCGACGCAGCCGCAGCGGCAGCAGCCGCGGCCGCAGCGGCAGCAGCGGGGACGACGUCGCUCAGCGAAACAAGGCGGCGGUGGAGAGGGCGCUCCAAGCGGCAAGCGCACAGCCGCCCCCGCCGUCCCCGCCGGCGGCCGCGCCGGCGGCAGGGUCUCUCGACCUGAGCAAGGCGUUUGCGCAGGCGGUGGCUCGGUCUGGCGCCUCGUCCUCCGCCCCGGCGCGGCACAGGAAGGGCUCGCUAGGAGGCACCGGGCAGGAGGGGGCGAAGGCGAAGCGCACGCCGGCGCAGGCGGCGCCAAAGGGAGCCAAGCAGCCCGAGGUGAUCGGACUGAGGCCGGCGCCGUCCGAGGUCAAGGCGGUGGCAAAGGCGGCGGCCCGGGCGCCGCGGCGGCCCCGUGCGGUGGGAGACCGGCCUCAGGCGGCAGACGCAAAGCCAGCCGGCAACGGGGCGGCGGUGCGGGGCCGCACGCCUGCACAGCCGAGCGCCGGCACGCCGGCGGCGCAGGCGAAGCCGAAGCCGCAGCCGCUGGGGCUGGUCUCCAAUGACGGCAGCUGGUGGCAGACGCCCGGCUGGGGCGACGGGCGCGGGUAG